GGGAACAUCCUUGUAUUCGGGCACCGUUCGGAUAUAUCUCUCUCUUUCUCUCCCAAACCUAAAAGAUUAGUUGAGAAAGUUACCUGACUCCGUUGAAGCGUUGCAACGACUUUGUCGUUGGGCCUCAUCAAUAUUUUGUGAGUGGACAGUGGACAGUGGAUAACUCACAUAAGUUAUUAUUCAUGUGUGAUAAAAGAGCAUCUGGGUGACUCUCCUUGAUGGUGUCAAGGUGAAUUUAUUGUGCCAUUUAAUUGGUAUUUUAUUGCGAAGGGUGAUAAAUUUAUUGCGAAGAGUGUAAGACAAUUUAAUUGUUUGCAAUAGUGUUCAAACAAAGGUGGUUUAGCUCUUGAUAAUUUUCUUAAUAAAUGUCCCCUUUCUUUUUCUGUGGUCAUACGCUCCAAUUGCUAAAGUGCAAAUCUAAUUUACUCUAAGAAGCACAUACCUGUACAUUACUGCAAUAUAUUGUUGAUUUUGUGUUCUCAUCUCUAAAUGAAGGGUGACUGAAAGUUAGACACCAGCUGGAGAUUGCAUGAAUGAAGGACACUUGGGGUACGUGAAAUAAUUUCAGCAGCUCUCUUGCGGAGGACGCGCAAUUUCGACGUUCCACGAUGGCUGUGACCGUGGAGGAGGCUGUUCUAAGUGCUUUGCGGGGUCAGGUGAGCGGAAACACAAAAUUACCCGCACCCCGUCUCAUCAAGAUCUACGUUGCCAGCAAUAAGAGAGAAUUCAAGGAGGAGAGACGAGUGCUUCUGGAAGUCGUUGGCCCGGAAAUACAAUCAUUCUACGACGAUAGACAAAUUGAGAUGGAAUUUGUGGACAUGCAUUUUGGCACAGGGCCUGGAGAGGCAAUAGUAGACGUGGAUCCCUAUCGCAUGGAUGAUCACUUGAGUGAAGUGAUGAUUUGUAGUCGAGAUUCCAAAAGUGUCUUCUUUCUUGCACUUAUUGGCAAUGAUCCUGGUACAUUUAUCCUUCCAACAUCCAUCGAUGCAGAUGUCUUUGAGUGUGUCAAGAAGAACUGUUGCCCAGAGGAAAGCAAUCUUCUACUAAAGUGUUACACCAAUCACAACGACAAAAUCUUUCAUCUUCUCAAACCAACAGAGGCAGUCAGGCAUCAGGAGAAGCGUGAAUGGGUGAAAACGUGCCGAGAAAUGAAGGAUGUGCUCGAGAGGUCGCUACGAAAGAGCUUAUCGACUUUCUCUGAUGAGGUACUGGUGGAAAAAAUGCGCCUCAUGCUGAAAUCACCCUUGGAAAGGGAAAUUGACACAGCUCUUGGAUGCUCACGAGGAGAUAAUAUGAUGGCUGUGUUUCGAGAGUGGUCCUCACCCUCGUCCUCACAAUUGCGUGAUCGCAUCCAACAAAUCAAGAAGCAAUUAUCCAGGGUUCUACCACCGGACAACAUGCAAAAUUUAACGAUUGAGGGUGAAACGGCGGAAAUUGACCCAGACACAGAGAGUCACGAAGAUUAUUUGGCUGUGUUCAAAACCACCAUCAUUGAGAAAUUGAGAACUACAAUCGAUAGGAGUCUCAUCAAUGAUCCGGACUGUAUUAAAGGCAGAAAAAAGACAGUUCAGGAAAUAUUCCAUGAACAUUCGAUACAUUUGGUAUUUGUGGGCGAACAUGAAGCUAGCAAGAGUCUUCUAUCAUCAUCUGUGCCAGACAAGUUGCGGUCAAAUGUGAUGCAGCACUAUCGAUCUGGUUCACGACAUGCACCACAUUUUAUUUACGGCCACCAUGGUUCCGGUAAAAGUACCUUAAUCGCCGAUUUGUAUGGCCAAGUGAUAAAAUGGUUCGACAAUGCAAAAGUUCACCGUGUAAUUCGUUUUGCGUCCAAGACACCUCGGGCUGCAUAUAAUUUGGAGCUUUUGCGAGUCAUUUGCCAGCAAAUUUCAAUAAUUUUCAACAUUCCUGAAGGAUAUUUGCCAAAAGAUGCCUCUUUCGAUCCCUUUUAUAUUAGCAAUUGGUUCCAAAAUCUUCUACGACGUUGCGAAGAUAUGCCAAAUGAUGUACUUUUCUUCUUCAUCGACGAUCUCCACAAACUCAAUCCACUGGAUUGUGACAUUGUAGCAGCUCUCUCAUGGCUGCCUAUCAGCUUGCCAUCAAAUGUCUUCCUAAUCUGCUCAACUACUAGUCCAAUUGAAUCACUAAAGCUGACGACUAUACAGAAAGAACGCUUCAAGAAUCCUGACAACCUGUAUGAUCUGUCUCAGGAUAGUUGUAGGACAAUGCUAAGACGCGUGCGGAACGAAGAGACCUUCGAAGCUUACGUGACACGUCUCUUUCACGAAAUUGAAGAUGAAUUCGGGAAGAAGGGUUUUGCACGAUUAGCCACCUAUCUCACGUGCACAGAAUAUGGUUUGAGUGAAACGGAAUUGCUGGAAUUGCUCAUGCCAAUUCACAAUAGUGACGCACUCAUUGAUUCCAGCGAGGGCGGCUUCAAUUUCUCCACCUUCCGAGCCAUUCGCAACCGAAUGAAACCCUUGAUACGGGAAAAAUUGAUGUCGGGGAAAGUGUUGAUUCAAUGGCGUCACGAUUUGUGUGCACAAAUUGCCAAGUCACGUUACAUGGAUGAUGAAUCCUUGAGGUUGGCACACACAGAGUUAGCCAAUAUCUUCUUCAGUCAAGACGGUGAAGAGAGUGAUGAAACAACAAUCAGCCACCCCACGGAUAAAUCACCCCAAACAGGUCAACCCACACCACUCCAUCUGCAACCAACGAUCCACGAGGAAACUGUUAGUAGUCGACCUAGCAAUAUGUUACCCUGGGCGGAACUUUCCUACAGUGUACGACACGUGGAGGAGUCCUGGCACCACUUAAUGCGAUCUGAGGACACAGGAAAACUCAAAACCAUUGCAAUGUGCAAUUUUGAUUUUCUUUUAGCAGCGCUCCAAACAGUCUCAAUCAGCUACUUGCGAUGUCUCAUUGAACAUGUCCGAUGUCACAUUCUCGACAGGGAUAUCGAGUUAAUUUACUACACAAUCAGAAAAUCAAGUGAUGUUCUUACAAGGGAUCCCAUGCAGCUUGGAGCUCAAGUAAUUUCAUGGUUGAGACCCAUCUCUGAACAUGACGAAAAUGAUAAUUCCCUCCUGAGUAUAACUGUUAGAUCAGCAACUGCCUGGUGCGAUGGUUACACUGUGCCUUUGUUGGUUCCUUUAACGGGAUGGCUUCCAGUUCCUUUACCAUCGCAAAUUCGCACAAUGACUGUCUCUGGAACUGGACAAAUCCGCACGAUUGAUUUGUCACCAUCGAAGCAACACCUCAUAAUUGGUCCCAAAAUUGGUGACGUCCAACUGUGGCACAUCAUGAACAAUAGUUUAGUCCAUACAUUCAAAGGACACAGCGGACCCGUAACGUGUCUAACUGUGCCCAGAGAAUUGAAUUAUCUCAUAACCGGAUCAGAGGAUACAUCUGUAAUUCUGUGGGACAUGAGGACAUUGACAAUGAAACAGCGAAUAUGGGAACACAUAGCUGCUGUCAUUUGUGUUACAUAUGCCUUGAAUAAUACAUAUAUCAUUAGUGGUGGGGAUGACUCCAGCAUCAUAAUAUCAUCGAUGGAAACAGGAAAAUUGGUUAUGAAAAUCGAUCAUCAUCGAGGACCUGUCACGGCUGUUCACGUGAGUCAAUCAAGUGAUGUCCUUGUUUCGGCUAGUCACGACGCCUCUAUAUGUUUGUGGUCACUGGAAAACUUUACACUUCUCAAUACAAUCCAGCUUCACAGUCCCAUAAUUAACUUUGAAAUUUCCAGCGAUUCGGUGUUUCUCUUGGCAUUGUGCGAGGAUAAUGGAUUGUAUUUGAGAGCUCUGGCGACCGGAACGGAAUUACAUUCACUGAAGGGACAUAAAUCGAAGGUUCGUGGCAUGUGUCUAGCCAAUGAUAGUCAGAGGGCAAUUGUUGGGUGUGAGGACACAAAAGCACUCAUCUAUGAUAUGCACUCUGGACGGAUUAUUAGGUCACUACCGCCAAAUCCAGGUUCAGUAACGGCCGUUUACUGUACAGAUGAUGAUGACUUCCUGAUUACUGUGGGUGGUAACAAAAUUACCUUCUAUUCCUUCCGCAAUGAGGACUCCUUUGCGCAUUUGAGACCCAAGAAGCGCAAAACUUCCAGGCACAUUUGUGCCCAGAAACAGCAAUACAAUGUAGGCAAUGUACCAAUUACGUGCUUCGACAUCUCUAGGGAUUCUCAACUGGCUGCAACUGCUACAGGACGCAGUGUGUCCAUCUGGCAGCUUAAUACACCAGAAGUCACCAUGACUUUAAAUUAUCAUUCUGCCCCCGUGACUGCAGUUUCAUUUUCACCGAAUGGGGAAUUCGUGGCCUCAGGGUCUGAGGAUAAGAGUGUAAUUGUCGUAGGAUUAACAUUGGGUAUUGUAGUUACUACUUUCAAAGGACAUGCAGCUAUAAUUCAUUCCGUUGUUGCAAUGAUGGAUUCCCGAAGGAUAUUGUCGGCAGACAGGGAUGGGCUCCUGUGUGUAUGGCUUGCAGACAGUGCUACACUCUUGCAGACCGUCCAAGGACCGUAUAAAUAUCUCGCAGUGACUAACAACAUGAAAUUUGCGGUGUGCACUAACGGCGACAAUAGUCUACAUAUCUGGUCACUUACACGUGAAGAUGAAAAGUACAAUGUAUCCCAUUCAGAUGAAAUUACGUGCUUCGUCAUCACCGUGGACUCUCUGUAUGUUAUAACUGGAUCUAGGGAUAUGUCCUUAAAAGUGUGGCAAGCAACAGGUGGAAAAUUGGCUCAAGUUCUUGUGGGUCACACAGAUGCUGUUACGUGCGUGGCAGUAUCUGUCACCAAUAAAAAUCAAGUUAUAUCGGGUUCAAAAGAUUGCAAUCUUAUUGUGUGGGACCUUCAUACCGGUGAAGAAAUUCACACACUUGCUGGACAUUUGGCACAGGUGACGUGCGUGAAAAUAUCCGCUGAUGGAACAACUGCUGUAUCCGGAAGUGACGAUAAGACACUCAUUGUGUGGGAGACUAAAAGAGGCCUGGCCCUGACAUCAUUGCAACUACACGUGCCAUUUGCACGAUUCGACAUCACGCUGGAAUGUUCCAGAAUUCUCAUUCAAUUAGUCGACAGUCAGAAUUUGCCCGUGAUUUGUCUGCACAAUACACCGGCGUCUUAUGUCAAGUUACCCACAUAUUCAGCCCCAGCCCGAGAUGUUGAGGAUUUGAGGCCGGCUGGACCAAAACGACAAACACCGCGACGUCUGUUGAAGAAGGAGGUCUCGCUUGAUACAUACACGUGGCAGAAGAAGUACGGACACUUAACGUCAUCUGUGAUGAUGGCACAAGUGGAUGAGAGGCUCAAGAGACGCUUCUCAGUGUCCGCCAGCAUGGAAGAAAUUUCCAAAAUUGCCGAGAUGAAAUCUCUAGCAUCUCAAACGAGUCUAUGUCCAGAACAAGCGGCUCUAGCUCAAUCCCAGCAUUUUGAUCAGCUUGAGGCGCUCUGGAACAAACGAUCACCGCCCCGUAGGCGAGUUAACACUUCCGUUUCACGACAAUCAUCUUUGGUGGAAGACCGAAUAUCGUCGGAUGAGGAUGAGUUUCAGGAGGAAAGAGCAGAUGUCCUGGCAGACUAAAUCACAGAGCCAAGUAUCAAUUAAUAAAAUACUCCAUUCUAUACUAACGGUCAUUCUCAACAAACAAAAAUGCUUCCCAUCUUUUCCUCACCACGACCACCCAAUUAGAUAUAUAGUGUUUUAUUUAAAAUUGUAGAAGUAAAUAUUAUUAAGUGAUCUAACGAGAUGUGGAAUUUGUGGAGGGAAUUUUCGCCUCUCAAGUGCAAUAAAGAGAAUGUGGGCGAAUUCCUGACGAAAUAUACUCGUAAAAAUCACUCACCUGAAAGCUGAACAUUCUUGAGAAUAGAAGCAAAUUUGGCAGACUUUCCUAAACGUGAUGCUGAGAUAAUUCAUUCGAAGAAUUGCGGUUCAAAUUGAGGGGAAAUUUUAAGAAAAAAAAAUGAUUGAAAUAGAAUGUGGUCGAAAUUCUUUUAUCCCAGCGCCGUUGAAAGCAUAAUGAAAAAUUCCGACGUAUCCAUAAAUGUUAAUGCGCGUAAGUAACAUUAUAAAAAGUCAAUGAAAGGUGCACUCGAGGUAUUUCAAAUAAUAUCCACUUAAAUUUUUUACCUCAAUCUAAUUUUUCAAUAAAUGGUAUU